GUUUACCCGAGGAAGUGACUGAAAGUUCGACAAAACUAAAAGAAGCAACGUGUUUUGACUUCGAGGACUUGCAGGGACAUUAGGGUUUUAGAGACUAUGGCGUCAGGGUUUUAGGGACGCUGAUAAUGAAGCAUUCGUUUUAUGGUGCUCGAUAUCAUCCCUCUAUCUUUGAUAUUCUUGAUGCCCGAGUCGACCCUUUUCCAAAGCCCACCAUUUAUGUCUUCAACAUCGCAAUCAAUUGUUUCUGUCACUUGAAAAGAGUGGAUUUAGGAAACAUCUCACCUAAUGUACACACAUUUACCACUUUACUAAAUGCUAUGUGUAAAGAAGGGAGAGUAAUUGAAGCCCAAAUUUUGCUAACAUUGAUGAUCCAGAGAGGUGAAACCCCCAACACUGUCACAUUCAAUGCACUGAUGGAUGGUUACUGUUUACUCGGGAAAGUAGACACUGCUAGAAAGCUGUUUGACUCCAUGGUUGACCAAGAUUGCACGCCUUCGGUUAUCAGUUACAAUAUCUUAAUAAAUGGGUACUCUGAAACCGAAAGAAUUGAUGAAGCCUUGAAUGUUUUUCAAGAAAUGUCCAAGAAAGGUACUGAUCCUAAUCUUAGAACAUACAAUAUACUCAUUGGUGGUUUAUGUCAUGUGGGUAGACUUGAUAAGGCACUUAUGCUUCCUGUUGAAAUGAAAUCUCAUGGUUUAAAUCCAGAUAUUGUGAGUUACAAUACUAUAUUAGAUGCACUUUGUAAGAACAGGAGACUUGAUGAGGCGUUAAAGUUGUUUAAAAAUCUUGAUGUUGAUGGUAUUGUUCCUGAUAUUGUUACAUGCAAUUGUCUGAUUGAUGGUAUGUGUAAAUCUGGGGAAACUGAUGAUGCAUAUGAGUUCUUUUUAGGUCUUUCUGCUAGAGGCUUGAAACCUAAUGUUCGUACGUAUAACAUUAUGAUUGAUGGAUUCUUGAAAAUGGGUGAACUUGAUAAAGCAAAUAUGUUGUUUCUUGAAAUGAAAGAAAAUGGUUGUGCUGCAGAUGAGAUUACAUAUAAGAUUAUGGAGCAGGGUUUUCAGAGAGUGAAUGAAACAAGUAAAACUGUUGACUUUAUGAAUGGAUCACUUGAGACAAGUUUAUCUGUGGAUGGAAUGAAGUUGCUAAUUAGAUUGUUGUCAACCAAGGAGUUAAAGGAUUCUUCCAGCUAA